UGCAGCUUUCUGUGGUGAAAUGGAAACAAUGCAACCUGAGACCUCUAGGACCUGUGUGGAGCUCAAAUCCAAACCUCACAGGUUAAUAUGCUGCAGAUCGGACUAUUUGCAUUCACUCCCCCUUCGGGCCAUAUGGUGUUACUACAGAAGAACUGGAGGAAUGGCUGGCGUCUCCCAGAAUAUUCUAACACAGUGGUCUCCAGCCCUGGUCCUGGAGAGCUACAGGGUUCUGCUGGUUUUUGUUUUCACCUUAAAAUCAGCACCCAGUCGAGACCCAAGACACCAGAUGUAUCUGUCACCCUGGGUUUCCCUGAUUGUGGCCGUGUGCAUCUCCAUGGUCUGCAGCCUGAAUGAAUUCCCCAAGAAAAUACAGGUCAGCCAGAAGGGCGCUUCCGUUAAUCUCACCUGUCACACGGACUUCCAGGGUCAGGUGACCUGGAAGCAGAAGCUGCAGGGCAAGGAGAAGAUAUUGAAAGAGUCUAGAUUUGUCAGCAUCACUGGGCUAAGGCUCUUCCUACACAAACUGGACACGCCCGAUGCUGGGGAGUACAGCUGCUGGGGGGAGGGGCGCAAGCUGGACCACACCUAUCUGCUCCUGGAGGCUGAGGAAGAGGAAUCCUAUGAUAGUGAUGUGGAGGAUGAGGAGGAGGAGGAUGAGGAAGAUCAGGAAGAAGAAAGAGACUCCCUCUCCUGCUCCACUCGGACGUAUAGCUGUUCCUUCACCUGCCGUUUGUCUGCAUCCGGAUUCACUGCAGCCAGACUGAGCUUCCAUCGUUACGGCCAGCAGCCCACUCAAUGGCAUUAUGCCCCCACUGCACAGAACCAUUUCCAGUUCACCCUGCCCCUCUCCUACUCCCCGUUCGCUGAGGAGAGCGCCGCCCUGGUGGUGACAGCAGAGGCUGCGAACAGCAAUCAGUACCUGAAAAAGACCAUUCAAUUCUACCUGCGUGAUAUUGUCCAGCCCGAUCCGCCCCAGACGGUGACGUGUGAGCGGGCGGGGAACGCCCUCAGAGUGACAGUCCAGCCCCCUGUUAGCUGGGCUCAGCCAGUCAGCUACUUCCCCCUGGAGCACGAGAUUGAGUUCAUCAACAAGGACAAUGGCAAGACGGAGCGUGUGACCAGCGGUGUGAUCACGCAGAAGGUCAGCAGGCUUCGCGCUCGGUCCCGGGACCCCCUCACCCCCUCUGCCUGGAGCGAGUGGAGCCCCUGGAAAAAUGUGACAAGACGAACUAACAAACGUAAGGACAGAGCAAUGAGUGGAGAGACAGUUUCCCUGUCUUUCAGAAAAAAUGAUGCUGUCAUCUGCCAGAGGAAGAGGAAGGGGAGGAAGAGAUGUCCAGAUAGAGAUAACAAACAGUAGAUAGCCAAUUGGGAUGGUAUAAAACAGUAGUUACCUUUUAAAAUUCAAACGGACAAUUGUUCGAAAGAUUGCAUCAUCGCACCUUGUAUCAUCAUAUAGAUAGUUACACAUAUGCAUCAUUAUUGUUGCAUAUAAUUAUAUUUGGUCAUUUGCAAAGUGCACUUAAUUUUAAAUUGGUAAUGUCAAAAAUAUAUACACUUGUGUUCAUUACAUUCUUGUUGUCUUAUUGGUCUUAAAUGGUAAACAAUUAACACAACAUAUCAGGCAUUUACCCAGUUUUUUUUUGCCUGCUGAACUUCUAUGCAAUCAUGAGCCAGUCCCUGUUUACUGUAUGUUGCAAUAAUCUCUUAAACACAAUUAAAACCUUAUUAAAGAUGCCUUCCAGGCCGGUUUUCAACAAUUUUGGGUAUAUUGGUUUCCAGCUAAGAAAUAACAGGGCUGUUCAAACCAGGGCUCCUAAUCCUGGUUCACUGUCAUAGAGUACAUAGGAACUGGAGAGGGUGGGAUGUGUUAUUAUCUUGGAUAUGUGUCUGGUGGUUUUUGAUACAAGCGAUGGUACUUUCUGCAUGUAAAUAAUUG